AGAUUUCCAAAUAGGGGAUGUGUUGGAGGGACUUCUGAGGGCAGCUUGUCCUGGAAGGAUUGGGGACAGGCUGCAGCCACUGCUGUCUCCAAGGAUGUCUGCGUAGCUCCCUGGGAGACCCUGUGCCCUGUCCCCUCCCAGCCCGGAGAGCAGGGACGGAGCUCGCUUGUUAUCACCUGACGCUGCGCAGCCACUGAUCCCAUUGGUGGAGCCAGAUUCGGUCUGGCGCUCUGUUCUCUCGCCUUCUCUGCCUCUCUCUCUCCUCCACGCUGCUUUGAUUUCGCUCCUGCCUCUCUUCGUGCGCUGGGCUGGGAACAUCGUCUCACCGGGGGCAGCAGCAGCGGCGCCUGCGGAGCCAGACAGGAGCUGCCUGCAGGGCAUGGACGCAGCCUCCCCAGCAGCCGGGAGAGGAGCGAGCGCGCGCCGCUGCCUGUGACCCAGGCGUCUGGCCGCUGUCCCCCUGCCUGGGGAGCUUGUCCACAUAGAGGUCUCUCCCUUCCCUCCCUGCCAGGUCUUCCUCUGCAGAGCCCGGUGGAGCCAGUCCCCACAGGAGCCAAACCAGAGGGAGCAUGGAGCUGCUGUCCACCCCCCACAGCAUCGAGAUCAACAACAUCACCUGCGACUCCUUCCGCAUCUCCUGGGCCAUGGAGGACAGUGACCUGGAGAGGGUCACCCAUUACUUCAUCGACCUCAACAAGAAGGAGAACAAGAACUCCAACAAGUUCAAGCACCGGGAUGUCCCCACCAAGCUUGUGGCCAAGGCGGUGCCACUGCCCAUGACGGUGAGAGGCCACUGGUUCCUGAGCCCCCGCACAGAGUACAGCGUGGCCGUGCAGACAGCCGUGAAGCAGAGCGACGGCGAGUACCUGGUGUCCGGCUGGAGCGAGACGGUCGAGUUCUGCACUGGGGACUAUGCCAAGGAGCACCUGGCCCAGCUGCAGGAGAAGGCCGAGCAGAUCGCAGGCCGCAUGCUUCGCUUCUCCGUCUUCUACCGCAACCACCACAAGGAGUACUUCCAGCACGCCAGGACCCACUGUGGGAACAUGCUCCAGCCCUACCUGAAGGACAACAGCGGCAGCCACGGCUCCCCCACGAGCGGCAUGCUCCACGGGGUCUUCUUCAGCUGCAACACGGAGUUCAACACGGGCCAGCCCCCCCAGGACUCCCCCUACGGCCGCUGGCGCUUCCAGAUCCCCGCCCAGCGCCUCUUCAACCCCAGCACCAAUCUCUACUUCGCGGACUUCUACUGCAUGUACACCGCCUACCACUACGCCAUCCUGGUGCUGGCGCCCAAGGGCUCCCUGGGGGACCGCUUCUGCCGCGACCGCCUGCCCCUCCUGGACAUUGCCUGCAACAAGUUCCUGACCUGCAGCGUGGAGGACGGGGAGCUGGUCUUCCGCCACGCCCAGGACCUCAUCCUGGAGAUCAUCUACACCGAGCCUGUUGACCUGUCCCUGGGCACCCUGGGGGAGAUCAGCGGGCACCAGCUCAUGAGCCUGUCCACUGCUGACGCCAAGAAGGACCCCAGCUGCAAGACCUGCAACAUCAGCGUGGGCCGCUAGGGACUCCCAGGGAGCUGGGGGGUGAGGGAGAGAUGACGGGAAGAUGGAGGGGCGUGGCCCAGGUUCGGGGAGCUGGCUUUCUCUCCCCUGCACCCCUGCUCCCUCCGCUUGGCCCGGCUACCCUCCCCCCGCCCCUUGGCACUAGAGGCGACAGAUGGUGGUCCUCUUGGUAAGUGUGGCCCACCCCAGGCCUGGUGGACUUGGAAAGGCUGCUUAGCCUCAGUAGGUUGGUGGGUG